CACAAAGCAGCGUAGCUGUAGUGGGACACAGGCCAUUCUCUCUGGCGUCCUGCAAUAAACUUUAGCCAGUAGAACCGAGGGAGCGCGGUCAGCAGCACGUUGUCAGACAGAGUAUGAGGAUGGACUUUAAAUACCUGAAGGAGUACCUGGGCUGGCUGUACUACCAGUACCUGCUCAUCACAGGUAUAUAUGUGCUUGAGCCCUGGGAGAAGUCCAUCUUCAACUCUGUCCUCUUCUCAUCCAUGGCCAUGGUCAUCUACGCCUCCUACGCCUUCGUGCCUGUCCAUGUGCGUCUGGCACUCAAGUUCUUCUCCGGGAUCUGCGGGGAACAGCCAGAGCGCACCAUGGCACUCAUAAACUAAGCAGUGGAUGGAUGGGAUGGAUGGCAGGAAGGAGAUUGGGAAUGAGAGGGGAGGACCACCUAUCUAAGAUCUUGACAUUUGACCUUGACUCGAUGGCCGUCUGACCCCUCAGUGCUCUCUCACCACCCUCUCACCAUAUAGUCACCCACUACUCCCACAAUGCACAAUACUCGGCUACCUACUCAGCAAAGGAAGGCUGAGUUUAGGAUGUUUCUGUGAAAUAUUCUGGGAGAAUACCUCCCUUUACCCCCCCUUACCCCUGGUAUUAUACUAUACAUCAAUGUACACUACUUUCACACCUUUGCUGUGAAAUGCCUUGUUUUUUCCAGAAAUAUGAAAUGUGGUUUGUUCUUUUUUAUUCUUCUCACUCAUUCUUCUCACUCCGACUGUUGACGGCUGUCUGAUAUAGGGUGAGACAUUACUGAUCACAAUACACUUACAUGCACUUAAACCCACUGGACAAUGCUAAUGAUGACCAUUGACUGCACUCCAAUUACUGAGUCAUAAAGCAAAUCUUUCCCUAGACUAGUCUCCUGCUAUACAAUGUAAUCAGAGACAUUGAGACCAGGCAAAGAUUACAAGGUUGUGAAAUUUUCUUCCUCCCAACCCUAAAUAUGUCUGAUUUCUCAAUGCAUACAUUGAUCAAACUGAACAAUCAUAUCCUUGUGUGCACAGCCCUAUCCCCCAUCCGCAGUGUUUUUACUGUUGCUAUGCUUGGCAAGAGGAAAUAUUAGCUCUCUGGUUCAGGCUUUGCUUUGUCAUUGACUUAAGGACUUUCUGAUUUAGUCUGUAUAUGAUUUGUAACUAUAUUUAUAUUGAUAUUUAUAUGCACUGGUAAAGCUUGGCUGGUUACAAUGUCAAUUACGAAAACAGUUUGUUUUCUCUUGUGGCUAUGUACAGUGCAUUCAGGAAGUAUUCAGACCCCUAGACUUUUUCCACAUUUUGUUACUUUACAGUCUUAUUAAAAAUACCCCAUAAUGACAAAGCAAAAACAGGUUAAGAAAAAUCGUAGCAAAUUUAUUAAAAAUAAAAAACAGAAAUACCUGAUUUACAUAGGUAUUCAGGCCC